AAUAAAUAAAUGUUUCGCUUUUCCAAAAACCUGAAAUACUAUUUUCGAAGAAGUUUUAGGUGUUCGUAAUCUAUUAUGAUGACAAAAGAAUUGUUUGCUGACUGGACACUUCUAAAAUUCGGUCAAGUAAGCGUUACUUCAACAAUUCUAAAUUGUUGACAAAGUGAGCAUCAUGAAGACCAUGGUUUGACGCACUUGUCGUUAUUUUAUUUUAAUUUUCUUCACGUGUUCGUUUUGUGACAGAUAUGUGCCAUUUUCAGAACGCUCUUUGAGGGAUAUCUUUUAAAUGAAAAUAAAAAAAUGCUGAGUCAAUUCGUACCACUUGGCUAAUGUUAGAACAUCUCAGAGAUGAAAAAGAUGAUGCCAAGAAUAUGUAGUAGUGACGCGGCAAGAAGAAAGAAGAUUGGACCCAAAAAAAAUUACAAAACACUCUGGGGAUACUUUGAACAUGAGAUAAAGUGGUUUAAUGUAUUCUUCCUAUUUUUCGUACAUCUUUAUGCUUUGAAGAUAUAUUUUUCGAUAAGGCCAGAACACUUUUCGAUGGUAUGUUGGGCUAUUUUCUCUGGGAGCAUUGGUGGUUUUGGUGUAACUGCAGGAGCUCAUCGAUACUUCACGCACAAAUGUUAUAAAGCUAAUCUUUUUCUAAGAAUAAUACUCAUGCUGUCAUACACCAGUGCAGGACAGAACAAACUCUUCGACUGGGUGAGAGAUCACAGGGUACAUCAUAAAUUCAGUGAAACUGACGCUGAUCCUCACAACUCCAGAAGAGGUUUCUUUUUCGCACAUUGUGGCUGGCUCAUGAUGAAGAAACACCCAGAGGUUAUAAUAAAGGGCAGAACUGUGGAUUGUAGUGACCUUUUGAACGAUCCCGUAAUUCGUUUUCAUCAAAAGUACUUCUGGCCAUUGAGGAUCUUUUUAUGUUUCAUUCUACCAACGAUUAUUCCGAUGUAUUUUUGGGGAUGGGAUCUUCGAACAAGUUUCGAAACUUCUUUUGGAAAAUGGGUAACAUUACUCCAUUGUACUUGGUCUGUGAAUAGUGUUGCACACUUGUGGGGAACAAAACCAUAUAACAAGAACAUACAUCCGGUAGAAACAAAAUUGGUGUCAUUCCUUUCAAUGGGAGAAGGUUGGCAUAACUAUCACCAUACCUUCCCGUGGGACUACAAGGCAUCCGAAUUCUGUUACCACUUCAAUACGACAACUUUCUGGAUAGAUGUUUUUGCCAAGCUAGGUUGGGCAUACGACCUCAAACAGCCUUCGAUGGAAUUAGUGAAGAAUACUGUCAAGAGCUCCGGUGAUGGUACACACUUCCAUUGGGGGAAGGAGGUUCAGGAAUGUGCAGGUGAUCCAUGCAACAUACUCAGAUGAAUUGCAGAGUGCAGUGUUUAUUAUUUAAGUAGUUCAUAAAAGACAAAUCUCUCAUUAUUCAAUGGAUAGAGUUGAAAAUUCACAUAUCUAUUUUGUUGUUGAUUGUUUAUAUUUGAAAAAUGAAUAAAAGUAACAAAUAUUGUUUUA